AUCGUGCCUUCAUACCACGGCAGCUUCAAAUAUCAUCAUCCGAUUCAGCACAACAUCGAAUAUAUCUCCAGCAGUUGGAUAAGCUAUAAUUGUUCUCUCGUGUCUGCCACCUCUUCAUCAUAGAUUUGUUGCUUUGUUUUCCCAUCGGGUUGAUCCAACCAUGGCAUCCAUCUUCACCUAUGACCCUCACCCUCCCCGGGUCUCUUCGCCCUGGUCGACUUCAGGAUCUUCCACGCCACAGGUCAGCGCGCCGUCUAGCCGAGGCGUGGGAAUGAGAUCGGCCUCCAGCGCGCACCUGGAGCACUCCGAUUUCAACUGUCUGUCCGACUAUGGGAUCACGAAGCUCGAACCAGAGCCCCAGGAGGGCCCGACCGAGUAUAAACUCCAUCUUCUUUUGCGCCCGCGUCGAUUGUACUCGUCCAUGUCCACCGGCCAUCUGGUCGGGGGAUCCUACCACUCCAAGGCCAGUCUGUCGUCUUCCUUGCCCAUGAAUGCGAGCUAUGAUUCGAAUGCAAAGCCCCUGCUGCCCCGCUCGAGCCAGGGUCGUCAGCAACGGUUGCAGCAGUUGACCACGCAGCUUCUCUGGCGCCUCCAGCAGUCAUCGCCUUUUCAUUCGUCCACCACCUCUAGUCUGGUCCUGCCCAUGUUGCCGGAAGCCACCCCGCAACUGGACGUCCUGGCUAAGCCUGGUCGGUUGCUUCCAGGCCUUGAGGAGAGCCAGGGGGCUCUCUAUGAGAUUGGCGUUGCUGACGAUGGGACCUUUGUCGGGCUGACGCAGGAUGAGUUGGACGAAAGUCUGACUAAUCUCCAAGCCAUGGCAGCCAGCUUAGGGUGCAAAGUAGAAGUCCUCCGCCGGGUGUUGGUGGGAGAGUGUGAGUGGGUUGAAACCCCCCUCAUUCCCGACCAGGAUGGAGCUUCGAAAAACGUUGCGGAAAGUCUUUGGGUUGCCGAGGCUCUUGUGAGCCCGGAUCUAGAUCUUUACAAGACGUCCUCCAUGAGGGCUGACACGGUGGAUGACAACGCUGCCGAGGUAAAUGUCGCGGUUUCGGUUGAAGACAACCAUUUGCCCACGGAGCAGAUUCGCAUCUCUAUCGCAGGAGCGAGCACGGCGGGAAAGUCCUCUCUGCUGGGCACCCUGACCACUUCCUUGCUAGACAAUGGGAGAGGAAAGAGUCGGUUGAGCCUCCUGAAGCAUCGGCACGAAAUUCCAUCUGGAAUCACCAGCUCCGUGGCUCAGGAAUUGAUCGGUUAUGCUGCAGCUGGGGGCGCAGCCACAGAGCCUACGGACGUCAUCAAUUACGCCUUUGGCAAUAUCGCCGCAUGGGACGAUAUCCAUGCUGCUUCUGCCGGCGGCCGCUUAGCGUUCGUGUCUGAUCUCCCGGGCUCGACGCGCUAUGUCAAAUCCACGAUGAGAGGCCUGGUCAGCUGGGCUCCCCACUACGUGCUCCUUUGUAUCCCAGCAAAUUGUGGAGAGGAAUCGACGGCAGACAGUAAUACCCCAGCGACCGAGGAUGCGUCGGACAUGGACCUGUCUCUCUCGUAUUUAGCGUUAUGUGUCAAGUUGGGAGUUUCCUUCUUGAUCGCUAUCACCAAAAUGGAUCUUGCCUCCCGCGCCGGGUUAAGAAACACUCUUGCCCGGAUCCUCUCGGCGUUGAAAGUGGCGGGCAAAAGACCGGCAAUGUUGCCUGUGGCCUCGGACGACAAGACAGCUGGCCUCCAAGCAAUCCCCAGCGUUGUCGCCGAGGAAGUGAAAAAGGUCAUCAACACUGCGAACGGAGACUGGACGGCAACUGUACCAAUUGUCCUCACCAGUGCUGUUGAUGGCUCGGGCGUGGGAAAACUACAUGCGCUCAUUCGGUGGUUGCCGAUUCCUCAGGCAUUGCCUCUUCGCCCAAAUUCUCAUUCGGAUCUGGCAGCAGAGUCAUCAUCUCCUGCCCCGGCUACUCGGCUGUUUGACGUGGAUGAAGUGUUUGAAAUUCCCCUGUCGAAGGUGUACUCGGGCUCGCCCAAACAGGCGUCUGAUGAGAACCGCGGCGUUGUCCUUUGCGGUCUUGUUCGGUAUGGAUCUAUCUCGAUCGGCGACGAGCUGGCGAUCGGUCCGAUCUCCAGCGAUCCCUUGGGCUCCUCCACUGGCCCGAGAAGCCGGUCAGAACAUCUUUCGGGCACAGCAUUGCCAUCGACUUCGUUGCGCAGCAGACCGUCCUCUGGCGAGCUGGCAGGCUCCUCGCUGCUUCCUGGCAAAUGGCAACCCGUCCGCGUUGUCAGUGUCCGCAAUUUACGUCUGCCUGUGCAGAAACUGGUGGAGGACCAGGUUGGCACAAUUGGUGUAGAACCUAUCUGUUCCCCCCGUCUGGGCAAGAUUCGCAAGGGGAUGGUCCUUGCCGACUUCCGCCACUGCGACUCGUCGUCGGUACCCGCCAAUCCUGCAGUCUACCACGUUGGGUUCGUGGCCACGUUCGCGCCCAGUGAAUUCGCCUCGGCGGUGUCGUCUCCGCCUCUGCUCCUUGGCGGCAACGCGAUCGUCUAUAUCGCCAAUAUCCGGGCUGUAGUCAAGGUCACCUGCGUCACCCUCUCCGAAAACGAGAUCCAUUCUUCCUCUUUGCCGCCGUCGCCGCGCGAACCCGAAUUUUUCUCGUUUGACAACGACCCGGACGUCUCCCGCACCAUCCCUUCCCCAGAUGUCUCCCAUGACCAGAUCAAGCUGACCUGUACGUUUGUCACGUCUGUCGAAUGGGUGCAGGUCGAGUCACCGGUGAUCCUCAUGCCGGGAGCAUCGAUGGCCUGCUCUACGACGGGGACGCCGGGGGCUCUUUCGGGUCUCCAGGGCUUUGUGGGUCGAGUCUGUGAUGUGUUGAGUGAGGGGGAUUCGUAAUAGCUAUCAGAAUUUCUUCUUAUUUGUUUCAAUUCUCUCUUCAGUACUACCAUUUCUGAGUCCAUAUUUUCAUAGAUUAGUACUCAUUUACAGACAACCAUUUCUCCGCAUGUCACCUCGAUGAACAGCUUUCCCUGCUGGCCAGAACAUGUGUUUACCGUGACUCGAC